AUGCCACCGGUGCAAGGCGGACGGUGCCAGUCUCCUGGAAAGGGCCAAAGUCCCGAUGGACGGUGGAUGCUGAAGCUCAUCUAUCCGAACGCGGUCAACCUCGACUCGUAUCUCGGGGUGUGGUUGCAAGCUGUCGCGGCGGCAGCAGCGCCUGGCUCUGCGUCCCUGGCCGCAAUCGAGGGCUGCGGCGGACCUGCCUCGUACCUUAGCCGCCAGGAUGACGGCCCGGAGUACAAGAAGAUGUUGAAGGAAACCCUUGUCGCCUUCCACCCUUCUCCUGUACAAGCGGUGCCAGGGGAGGCCCACGCACCUCUGCCGCGCCACGCGUCACUUCAGCACAGGUCCUCCAUGGCAGACCUUCUGGAUCGCGUGGUGAAAUCGCUCCUGCGCUCAUCGACCGUGGGAGGACAGGGGAACAGUGUCGGCGGGUACUACGCCGCUCAGGGAGACGACCCGCGCCGUAACGUCCUCUCCCUCGGAUGCCGAGUAGCGGGACCGCAGGCGACGAGCGAGCUGCUGAGCGUGCAAGGGGUAGCAUGCACGUUUCCUAACACUACGGUCAACGUCAUCCGGUCGCCUCCGUGGGAGCUCCUGCUGUCCAGAAUUGGGGAUGACUUGAUGUUUGCUCUCCUGAGACAGCACGCCGUGCUGCAGCGGCUGCCUAACCGCUGGUACAUGCAGGCACCGGCGGCGGCCGGCGGGGAGCAGGCUGGCCCGCCGCCCGCCGCCUCGCACCAAGGAACUACCGGCAACCGCGCCACGAACGGAAAUACCUCUGGCUCUCCCGUCGGAGAUCCCGCUAUCAUCAGCAGGGUCGCCCACGACUUGGUACGCGACGCGUUUGCUAGCAGCCUGCACGGUGAGGACCUGGGCCGGCAGCAGCAGCCCCUGGGCGACGCGGCCCACGGUAAGGGCAGACCGGGGGUGCUCCAGCGCGCCGGGUCGGGAGUGAUGCCGAAGGCGACGGGAGCCUCGGGAAAGGUAGCUCUAGGGGAUGGGGGGGCGCGCCGCAGGCUUCCAAAGAGGCUGCGACGAGCUGUUCCGCUGUUCGAGGAAAGGAUUGGGAGAGCGCACCGCUGCAACAUCGGGAGGCUGCUGGAGGCGCAGUGCCCUCUGCCGCAGUCGGUACGCGGAACGAAGGCGGGGAAACGAGGAGCAGGCGAGGGAGAGCAGCCGCUAGGCCCCAACAAGAGGGAGGGGGGGUUUCAAGCCGCGGCGCCCCCACCCAGUCCGUCCGACGUUUCUACCUUGCACGAGGAGGUUGGGGAGCAAGCGGAAGAUGUUUCAGCGGCGGAUUUGUUGCGGCAGGAGGUCACGGCGAGCGGGGAUGAAGACUCUGGUUGGGAAGGAGGGGGAGGAGACAACAGCAGCAGCAGCAGCAGCAACGACAGCGAGGAUGAAAAUAAGGAGCCGGGGGAGAGCGACGAAGAGGAAGACGUGAUGGACACCGGAUCGACCGUGAAGGAAGUGCGCAUGGAAGACAACGACUCUUUUACCGUACGCACUCAUGGCGGCGUCGGCGGGAUAUCGUGCGCCGACGGCAUGCAGGGAGAGGAGGAGGAGGAGGAGGGUAUCGGAAGCGUCCUCAGCAGCGACAGGGCUAGUGCCGAACGAGCGGCCGAGCCAGAGCGACUCUUUCGUGGAGGGUGCGCGGAUGCCUCCCCGUGGGGAUCUGUAUCUCGGGGAGCGCACGAGUCAGGCGGCGGCUCGAGCGGUUCGAGCAGCGGGGGGGACGACAGUGGGAAUAUUUCGGAUGCUACCCUGCUUGACGAAGCCCCGACGGCUAACGGUGCAAGCGCGCUUGCCGCAGGGGUACAGGCCAGUCCCCCCCUUCCCCCCCCCGACCAACCCACGUUCAGCGUGGACCCCAACACGACGUUCAUCGAGAUGGCUACUGAGCACCGGCGGGUGGUGGAUUUCCUUUGCCAAGCGUGCCACAGGAUAUUCCCGACAGAGCUGUGGGGAUCCAGGCGCAACAUGGUGUGCCUAUCCCGAGGGAUCGAGCGCUUCGUCGUUCUCCGAUGGCACGAGACCAUGUCGGUGUUGGAGGUGACCGCGGGCAUGCGCACGUCAGAUCUAGAAUGGAUGGCCGUCGGCGCAGCGGAUGGGAAAGCUCCGCCGCCGCCGCCGCCGCCGCAGCAGCAGCAGCAGCAACAAGACCAAGAGCCAGCGAAGACGCGGAGGGUUAACAACGGGAAGCGGAAGGCGAAGGGAGGCCCAGUCGGGGGCGACGGCAACUGCAAGCGUCCUAGGGGGGGUGCCGACGCCGGCGGGGCCGCAAACGGGACAGACAGAGCCAGGGCGGACUCGCAUGGGCAUCACGGAAGUGAAAGGAUUCACGGCGGCGGCGGCGGCAGGGGUAGCGGCAGCGUUGAAGCCAGAGGGUCGUUUCCUGGUACGUCGAACCAAGGCACCAAGCGGGCAGACACGUCGAAGAAGAAGAAGGCUAGGGGCGGGGGCAAGGGGAGGGUGGCAGUGGGGUCUAAGGGAGACAAAUCGAUUCGGCGGCGGCGGCGGCGGCGGACACGCCAGCGUCUCCCCCCGAGCGAUUUGGCGAAGCGAGUCGAGCUUUUGGAGGCCCUAGUGCUCUGGACGUUCAAGGACGUCAUCGUACCGCUGUUGAGGUCGCUCUUCUACGUCAUGGAGUGCGAGACGGCGUCCCAGGAAGUCUUCUUCUUCCGGAAGCCGGUGUGGGCCAGGUUCAGGACGGCGUCGCUUCGGCACCUGACAUCGCGGCAGUACCGACGAAUCAGCAUGCAAGAAGCCCUCCAGAGGCGCGACGGUUUCGCCGGACAAGCGGAAGAGGGGGCGGCGAACCGGCAGCCAUUUCGCCCCCUCCACAUCGGCACGUCCUGCACCCAGAGCGGGUCUCCGACGAGGAGGAGAAACGUUGGCGGGGGUGCUAGUGGGCAAAGCGGGUUUGGCGCCAAGGGCGGGCGGGGACGUCUCAACCACCACGGGUGGGCGUUUCCCGUGUCCGAGGUGCGACUCGUGCCCAAGCCGAACGGGGUCCGAGCCAUCGCGAACCUGUCCAAGAGGACGUGGGCCGACAGGAGUCGCGUGCAAUGGGUCAAGGGCGUCCCUCUUCCUCUACCGGCGCCACGAAGGGUUUCCAAUCUGGAACGCGCGACGAGCAACGCGUCCGCAUCCUCCGGCGGGGCAGGGGCUGGUGCUAAGGAGACUCCGAGGGUGGGAGGUGGUCGCCUGGGAAGCGAGGCUGCUGGGCUAGGGUCAAGGAGAGGGGGAAGGGGGUCUCGCGGGGACAGAGGAGGGUGGGAGGGGGCGGUCGAGGAGGACGGUCGGGGGGGGCAGGAGCGGCAGCAGUACCCUCCUGCCCUCCACCAACAUGCAGCUGUCCAACGCUUUCCAUGUCCUGAAGAACGAGUACGUCAAGAAUCCCUCCUUGGUGGGGGCGGGGGUGUUCGGGCUGGACGACGUCUUUGCCCGGCUCGACUGAUGGACGUUGUCCGGCCCCUAGUAACGUCGGAGGACUACGUGGUUCAAAAGUACACCAAGUCACACCCCUUCAAGGCCAUGGGAAGAGUACAGGUGAACCACGUUAAGGAGGCGGUCGCGAUGGAGGACCUGGUGCAGUUUCAGACCUGCAGUGAGAAGUUGGCGGACGAGAGCGUCGACACUAUCUUCACCGACCAAGUCGUCUACGGCAUCGUGAACAGGCGCCACGAAGGGUUUCCAAUCUGGAACGCGCGACGAGCAACGCGUCCGCAUCCUCCGGCGGGGCAGGGGCUGGUGCUAAGGAGACUCCGAGGGUGGGAGGUGGUCGCCUGGGAAGCGAGGCUGCUGGGCUAG